AUGCUAUUGAAGUUCCUGAAUGGCGACCAUUAUCUUAACUUCGACUCCUGGCGUAAAUAUUCAGACGACACUCCUCUUCACUAUCUGAACUAUGAAUUCAAGCUUAUUCUUGGUCAGAGGGGGAUGGUAAUGUACGGGGGCCUCUAUCUACAGCUUUAUGUGCAAGGGGACAAGCACCAAAUUUGUCCUUCGAGAUGUCACCAAGCUCUGGAUCCAUUGGCACCAAGCUCGGUCGAGAUGGCCACAAAAUGGCUGAGAAAAUGUACGGAAAGUCAUGAUGAAUGCCGCGUUCGUUCCAAUCCGGCUUUCCUUCCAUCGAGACUCAUCGAUGUCGGGCACAGCGAUCAAAGUGGUGAUUAUAGCGUGCUACGUCUUGUAGAGACGCGUGAACCUUUGGGCAGUCUUGAAUCGGAGAUUGAAAACGAGUGGCAGUACGUAACUUUAAGUCACUGCUGGGGCAAAUCAACACACUUGUCAACCACAAUUGACACACUGAAUGAAAUGAAAAAUGCAAUUCCAUUCGGAAGUCUGAACAAGACAUAUGCAGAUGCGAAUAAUGCUACGUUCAACAUCGCUGCCGCAGCUGCGAUUGAUGGAGAUAGUGGUUUCCUGACGGAGCGAUUUGCUGUAAAACUUAGUCAUGUGCUUCGUCCAGAUAAAGAGACCGUAGCAAGAACCUUGUGGAUUCGACCAUGUAUUCGGAAUAGUCGCACGAGGCGGGAAGACGAAAAUGUCUUGCCAUGUCCACUUUUUGACAGGGCUUGGGUACUUCAAGAAAGUAUUCUUGCGGCUCGAACGCUGGCAUUCUCUCCCGUUAACAUGCAAUUUCUAUGUCGCAUGAGCCAAAAAUCAGACGAAAAUUCAUCGAAUGAUGCAGAGGAUCGUGGUGUCUUUGUUGGUACUGAGCACACUCCCUUCUCCUACCUAGCGCUGCAGAAGAAAUUGCCACAAUUUUAUUUUCCACGAGCAAUGGAUGCCUGUACCAGUUACUGGGAACGUAUUCGACAAAGAAGAUAUUUGGCGUUCACAGGUACUGAACCACUUACUCAAAAUCUACUGUCCAGUUAUUACCCUCGUCCAGGUUUCGAGCCUGUAAAGAUUCUCUGGGACGCAACGUUGAUAGAUGCUGAUAUUGCCUUCGUAUCGGAUCGUUAUGGUCCAGUAAAAGGCGGAUCCAUUACUAUGAAAGCUCAUCUUCUCAAGAUCGACAUAGUUGAUUGCUUCGUAGGCCAGAGUCAAGAAAAUGUCGCAGUCUGUAACGGGCGAGAAUGGGGAACGUUCUACGCCGAUUGCACUUUGGACAUAAGGAUGAAAUACUGGGCGCUUCUCUUGGGAUAUGAGGGCUCAAGAGAGAUGGUGACAAUUUGGAGAUCGACACAGGCACUUGGUGCGGCAUCGAAGCGAAGCGAAAGGAAGAUCUGCUUAGGGUUGAUCUUGAUGGAAACCAGGGAUGAUAUAUUUGAACGUGUGGCAUAUUUCGAAAGGUUCGACGCAAUAUGGCCAUCUGAAACCAGAGAAGUCAUCAUCCAAUAA